CCUUCCUCCUCAACAUUGCUGGUUGUGUUCUGCCUCUGCAUUCACGGCUGCAUGGCAUUUGUUUCUCCCUCUACACUCUUCACAAACUUUUAAGAAUGGGCAAAUUCCAGCGCUCCAAGGCUACAGCACGGUCAACAGGCGGAUCAGCGCCAACUUACACAGUAAACGACUUACUCGCUCAGGCCAACCAAGCCGUUGACCGCUUCGAGUUUGAGCUCGCUCACCAAUUUGCUAUGCGGGCUUUGUCUAUGGAACCCAAAAAUGUGAAUGCACUUGAGGCUGCAGGAUCCAUUGAGGUCGAGCUUGAGCUAUUUAAUGAAGCCAAAGAGCAUUUCUUGGAGUGUGUCAGACUGCAACCUGAUACAGGCUAUUCAAAGUUUAUGUAUCUCGGCCAAAUGUCGGAGCAACUUGAGGCGAUUUCAUAUUUUCAACAAGGCGUUAAUCUUAUGAUAGAUGAAAGAGCCAAAAUGCCAGUUGAUAUCACUAAAGGAAGUGAUUAUCUGAAGCUAUCGAGCAAAAUUUCGUCUGCACUUUGCUCGAUGACUGAUAUCUAUUUGACGGACUGUUGCUUUGAGCCCGAUGCAGAAUCACAAUGUGAAGCCUACUUGGCACAGGCAAUGCAGAUCGAGCCUGUAACACCUGAAGUAUAUCAGACUCUAGCUUCAGUAAGAUUGAGUCAACAGCGAGGAGAUGAAGCCAAGGUGGCAUUAGCUCAGGGCUUAGCACUAUGGCUGGGAUCAGAUCCCACUGAUGAAGAUGGACCAACGCCAGAUUAUGAGACUCGUCUUGCCCUUGUCAAGCUGCUUUUGGAAACCGCCAUGUAUGACGAAGCAUUUACGGUGUUAAACGGUUUAAUUGAAGAGAACGACCAGGUCCCGGAUACCCUUUAUCUCUUUGGAUGGGCCAACUAUAUUGCUGCAGAAGAAGUAGAUCCAGAAUCGCCCAAUGCCGACGAGGAGAAGAAGGAACAACUGGAGAAUGCUCGCGAGGCGUUAAAUGCAUGUACAAAGUUGUGGCAUGCAACGGGUUCAACAGAUGAGCCUUUAUUGCAACAUACACAGGAGUUGCUGGAAACCAUCACAAAUCUUAUUGGUCCAGAAAUAGAGCAAGAGGAGCCUGAAGGUGGCGAGAUCGAGUACAAUGAAGAUGAAGAUGAAGAAAUGGCCUAGACUGCCUCAAAUUAGCAUUUAAAAAAACCUUAACAACAAUAACAACAACUAGAUAAGUACAAGUAGCUUUAAAGGCGUAAUGAACUGAUUU